AUCAUCCGUGAUCAGAGAGAUUUGAAACGCGAAAUAGUGAAGUGCGAAAUCUGUUCUGCUCUAGUGCAGUGUUUCCCAAAGAAACAAGUCUCAACGAUAGGCAUUAUUGUCUUGCGAAUUGGAUAAAUUUUGGUGAUUUGUUGAAAUCGGAAAGUAAUCAGAAUGCCGUCUGCAGCGCCACCUGAAAAUGGAGGGGGAGCUCCAAAGACCGAGCUGCAGGAGUUGCAGCUCAAGCAGCAGGGAGUGGUUGAUGAGUCUCUGGAUAGCACACGUCGUAUGUUGGCAUUAUGUGAAGAGAGCAAGGAAGCCGGGAUUCGCACCCUGGUAGCUCUUGAUGAUCAGGGAGAACAACUGGACCGCAUCGAGGAGGGUAUGGACCAGAUCAAUGCCGACAUGCGAGAGGCUGAGAAAAAUCUCAGUGGAAUGGAGAAAUGUUGUGGCAUCUGUGUAUUGCCUUGCAAUAAGAGUGCAUCAUUUAAAGAAGACGAUGGUACAUGGAAAGGUAACGACGACGGUAAAGUAGUGAACAAUCAACCUCAAAGAGUUAUGGACGACCGUAAUGGAUUAGGACCACAAGCGGGUUACAUUGGAAGAAUAACCAACGAUGCACGAGAAGACGAGAUGGAAGAUAACAUGGGCCAGGUCAACACAAUGAUCGGUAACUUAAGAAACAUGGCUCUCGAUAUGGGAUCUGAACUCGAGAAUCAGAACAGACAAAUUGACAGAAUCAAUCGUAAGGGUGGAUCGAACGAGGACAGGAUAAAGGUGGCGAACGAGAAAGCGCAUUCGCUACUGAAAUAAGCAGGUUUAUUCCGAAUAUGUACAUUUUAUAGUAAAGUUAUUAUACAUAUGUUAUUAGUAGCAACGUUUAGAUUAAAGAUUUGUGUUUAAAUUUGGAUUGCUUAUUUUAUAUACAUACCAUCCUUCAAGACCAAGUGUACAACGUAAGGAUUUGUUUCGUAUUAUUUACAGUUACAAUAAAUAAUAAGAAAGAACUAAAUAAUCUUUCUAAAUGAAUAAUCUGAUCAUAUAGCUUUUCCAGAAUAUAUUUAUCGUUUACCGAAAUUGUUAUUACAAAACAAUUAAUGUUUGUGUGUAAUUCCUAAACCUUCUGCAUCGCUACAUUGAUCUGCGCGACCGCGUUUCGGAACUGGGCACGCCAAAUUAUAUUGUCAAACAAUAUAUUAAUACAUAUAUAAAUAAAACUCGUGCUAUGAAAAUCUGAAAUCUGAUCCUGCAAUAUACUCAGGGCGACUCAAAUGCGACAAGGAUAGCUUCGGCAAACGAGAGAGCUCACAGUCUUCUGAAAUAAGUUGGCCAAUGAAGGGAAAAGGAUAGAGGCGAAUGAACUGCAAAGUUUAAAGCCUCUUAAAAACAAAGAAAGAAGAAGAAGGGAAAAGCUAUUGUUACUGUAUGGCUAAGUUUGUAUGUAUGAUUGUAAGCGCAAUAUGAAUGUAUGUAACGGGGUGGAAUGAAAAUGAAGCUAUACCAAAUAGGUAAAAAAAUAACGGUGAGUUUGCAACAGCAAAUUGUAAUUAUUGUUACACAUAAAUGCAAAGCUCUGAUAGGUGCAAUGGUAACUCGAAUCUCGUAAUGCUUUUCUCCAAGUAUAAUGGUAUUAUUUUGAGUUUGAGACAAAUAGCGAAUUAGGAACUUUUGUUCUAACGAAAAUUAAUAGACAAAGCUUCGCGAAUGGUAAAGACCGGAUAGCGUUUGAGUAGUUUUUAAUAGUUUUUACUUGAUUGGAUCAAGGCUAAAUUUUAUUACAAAAAAAAAUAAUAAUGAUCAUCAUCUAUUGAACUUUACAGAAAUCUCAAUACAAACGUCUUAACAAAAAAUUAUGUAAUGAUAAACAAAUCUUGUAAAAAUGACGAAAAAAAUAACGCUUGUUGAAGUAUAUACAAUGAAAAAAUAUACUAUGGAAAUAAAAAAAUAUUUAAUAUUUCAAAUAUAAAACAGUUAAGAAAUAUAAUCUAGCAUUUAAAUAAUAAUGAAUAUUGCUUAUAUUUUUCGCAACUUUUAUUUAUUGCUGAUUGUCGUGCCAUUCGAUUGUUACACAUUGAAGCACAAGCUGCAUAUGUCAAGGAAAAAUGAAAAAAAAAACUUUGCGAUUAAAACACGCCUGUGGUCGAGAAUGUUGGGACCAAAAUAUUUCACCAGAUAGCGAGUUGUUUCUCUCCCGAUGCAACAUAAAAUCGUGGCACUGGUUAAUAUUGAAUCGGAAGCCGGAGCAGCGUUGUUAUAAACACGCUCAUCUGAUGCCCGACAUUUGUUGAAAACUCUUUGAUAAUGUUGUUAUAAAUUUUUCCUUAUGUUUGAACCUUUGCUCGCAUAGAAGGAAACAAACAGUGAAACAAAGCAAUACAUAACUUUGUCUUUAUCCAACUCGAUGUGAUGUUUUGUGGUUGAUAAUGAUUUUUGUUUUUCUUUUACUAAACUUUUUUUAGUUAUUAUGCUUUACAUCAACUUUUUUAACAUCAAAAGUGUCAAGCUUAACGUAAAUCGUAAUUUUGGUUUAUGUUAUCAAUACUUAAUUUUUUAUUUAUUCCCACCGAAAAUACUAACGAUUUACGUUUUUGCAUUCGAUAAGAAUGAAAAAUUAUGAAAAAAUUAUAAUACAACUCUAUAAACUACUAUUACAACAAAGUUUCUCCAGUCGAACUUUAUAUUUUUGGCUGCGAAAAUGUACAGUCGAAAAAGAUAACUAAACGGAAGCAAAUUGUGUACUAAGAAAAACCAAUAGCGCUUCCAGCAAAAUUCAAUUCAUCCAUGUGCUUUCUAGCAAAGGGCAAACCAGAAGGGAGAGAUUAUUUACAGCGUCGUUUUAUUUGCACACAAUAAUAAUCGAUUAAUAUUACAAGGUAUGAUUCAGUUUUGAAACAAUCAACAAAAUACUUACAAACUAUUGAAUUUUUCUUUUUUUUCGAAAGCAUUUUGGAGGAAAUAUCAAGUAAGCGUGAAGCAAACACCUAUUUUUCAAACAAAAUUUCAGUUUGAUUAUCUUUUUUUUUCUUUUUAUUCUUUUGUAUCUUAUGUUAUGUUUAAAAUUUAUUUCUGUUCUAUUCAAAGGGAGAUGACAAUAGUGCAAGACUUGAAGAAGCAAGUAAACGGACUGGCCAACUGCUGCGGAGCUAAUAUGGAAGGUUAUCAUAUUUAUAAUUUACACUGCUUAGUUAUUAUCAGUUGAUCAAAAUAUCACAAUUUAACAUUUCAUAAAAGAUAGUCUGCCCGAAUGAAGUUUUCUCCCAUUAUUUGCUGUAUUGAACGAAAACCUAUGAUUGACAUAUAACUACACUUGAAAAUGAUGAUAACCGUUAAAUGCAACGGGGGAAAGUUCAUACAUCAUCUUGCGUUGGAAAUUGUUGGAAAAUUAUUUUUGUACGAAAAUCUACUGAAAUGUGAACUAUGUCAUAUCCAAUACAAAUUGCAAAUGUAACAGAAAAUAGUCCUUUUGAAAACAAUACUGUGCAUAAUAAUAUUAUGACUAUUUCGAUCAGCCCACCUCGGCACUAAAACCAAACAUACUUUACUUGUGUUGUUAUUUUCUAGGGAUUUCUAGAGUAAUGUUAAGACCAUUAAAAUCAUCAGAAGAGAGGUAUUUGACCGAUUUAUAAAUACCCCAAUUAUAACGGUUAGUUUCCAUAAAACAUCAUGUUGCUAGCAAUAAUGAAAAAUAAAACAAUUGUGAUAUACACGCAUAAAAAACAUUAAUUAUAUUGAAGCUGUUGUGGAUGUGAGAUUAUUGGUGAACGAACAGAACAAAACCACAAAGUUUGCUAGUAAGUAAAAAAUCAGGAAAAAUUAAGAUUAAGUGCUUUUAUAUUUCUCUGAAUUCGACAGAUUUUUUUUUUCAUGCUAUUAUGAUGUGUUCCAUUGAUCUGUUUGCUGAUGUAUAAUAAUAUAUACAAAAGAACACAUGCUAAAUUCAUCAUCUGGAGCCAAUUUGUUUCACAAUAACCACUUUUAUUUUCCUGAACUGUUGUAUUAGGUAACGGUUAACUUGUUAAUCUGGGACUCCAACUUUUUAUUAGCUACUCAGCUAAUGUAUUAGAAAAUUCUCUACGGCAUUGGUGUCUGUUUGAGUUUACUGAAGACCCGUCUAUUGUUCGAAUUCGAUUGAGUUACAACGAUUGAAAUGCGACAUCCAAAUACUGCUCGCUCAAACUUCACCUUAAUAGUCACAUACAUGCAGAAAAGAAUCAUGUGUCAAACAAUAUUGGAUGUAAUACUCUCUGAAGCCAAUAUUAGUUUUUCAGAAAGAAUUUGAGUGAUAGAGAAUACCUACUUCACUACUAGCUAUAAAUCUUAGGCUGAAUUCUCGUCGAUAGAAAAUCUGGAAAAUAGUGUAACAAAUGCUAGGGCAAAAAACUACACACAAUAUAACAAACUAUUUAACGCUUCAAAUAUUAUAAAUUCAUCUCUUGUUGUCUUUUAAAAUUCUGUGUGUGUUGUAGAAAGAGUCAAAUGGGCAAAAGACAUCAAAAUCUGAAUUUUAUUUUUCAAAGACAAUAAGUUCGUCUCCCAUUUUUUUCGAUAAUAGUUUGAUACAGAAUAGAAACUCUCAAAACCUUUACGUUGUUCAUUAGAAACUUUACUUCCGCUUAAAUUAUCAAUCAUCACAAAAUAAAAAAUAUUUAUUAAACACUCAGUACUUUGACUAGCAUAUAGUAUAGUAACGAUAAUGAGAGGAAAAGAAGCUAAAACCGAAGGGAGGUGAUCACUUGUACAGAAAUAAUUUCAUCAAUGAGUCAUCAAACUAUCAGAAUAACGAACUCGUUAUAUGCGGGCUACGGCAGGUUUUUAUUUUCUGUUGUUUAUAAUAUCUAACUUUGGCGUACAUUUCGAAAGAAAAGAGCAAGCAUUCAUUGAAUAAUAUUAGAUUAGUUAUUUAUGCCUAUGGUUAAUAUUUUUAAGUGUAUUACUGGUAAAGUAACGUAAAAUAAAAACAACCAAAGGAUGGAGAAAAA